AAAUCUUUAUCUCCCGGCUUGAAAAACAACAAAACUCAAGAAAUAUCAUUUUUGUAUAAUUUAACAUCAUUCAAUUUGGCAGCUCUCAAGUGCUUGCAAUGUAAAUAAACAAACUAGUGUGUUUCAUAAGAUUUCAUCUCAAGAUUUCAUUAUCAAAGAUUUCAUCUUUAAACUUUUCAAUAAUUGUCUUUCAUUCAAAGAACUCUUUGUUAAAGAAAGCAUGGACACAAAAGAUAUUCCUGUCUUUGAUUAUUCGGAUAAAGAUUUUAUUUUUUCCUUAGAUCCCAACUUGAAGGCUAGAUUCGAUGGAAAGCUUCAUAACCUAUGGGAUAAUAAAAUGCAGACUAAUUGUUUUCGCUACAAAUUAGGAGACUUAAAAACAAAGUACUUGCCAGGAAGUUAUAAUUUUGUUGCUCAGUUAAAUGUCAAAAGAGCUGUUGAUCGACGUAAACCUCAAUUUAUAUCGAGUAUUGUUAUGCCAUUUGAUCCAAACUUGUUUCAUUUUGGCAAAGUGUCAGAAAAGGAAAUCAUUUUUACUUUGACACCUAAGCAUUGGGAAAAAAAUCUACUUAAUAAAGAGGAGACAGAUAAAGGAACUUUUAUUAUAAAUGUUAGUCCAAUUGAGGAAUGUCACUGUUUAUUAGUUCCAGGCCUUGAAAAUGGUUUGCCUCAAGUACUUAAUAUAAAUAGCUUGAGACUUGCAGUGGAAUCUUUAUUAAUUAGUAAUGACAGGUAUUUAAGAGUUGGUUUUAACAGUUUAGGAGCAUAUGCAUCUGUCAACCAUCUUCACUUCCACCUAUAUUAUUUAAGAUAUAAUCUUUAUCUUGAAAAUGCUCCUGUAAACCAUUUGAUUGGAAACUGCUAUGAACUUGUCCAAUAUCCUGCAGAAGGUUUUGCUUUCCAGGUACAAGAUGCAUCUGAAGUGGUAGAAGCUAUGAAAUCCGUUAUGAAGCUGAUUGAUUUUUUAAUAAAAGAGGAAAUUCCACAUAACCUUUUUUUCACUAGAGGAAAGAGUUUUACUGAUGAAAAUGUUUGCAGUGUUGUCAGAAUUUUUGUAUGGGCCCGAACAGCUAUUUAUGUUGUCUUCUCAUUGUUUUGUCUAGUUGUCUUCUCAUUGUUUUGUCUAGUUGUCUUUGUGCUUAAUAUAAAUAGCUUGAGACUUGCAGUGGAAUCUUUAUUAAUUAGUAAUGACAGGUACUUAAGAGUUGGUUUUAACAGUUUAGGAGCGUAUGCAUCUGUCAACCAUCUUCACUUUCACCUAUAUUAUUUAAGAUAUAAUCUUUAUCUUGAAAAUGCCCCUGUAAACCAUUUAAUUGGAAACUGCUAUGAACUUGUCCAAUAUCCUGCAGAAGGUUUUACAUUCCAGGUACAAGAUGCAUCUGAAGUGGUAGAAACUAUGAAAUCCGUUAUGAAGCUGAUUGAUUUUUUAAUAAAAGAGGAAAUUCCACAUAACCUUUUUUUCACUAGAGGAAAGAGUUUUACUGAUGAAAAUGUUUGCAGUGUUGUCAGAAUUUUUGUAUGGGCCCGAACAGCUAUUUAUGGCUCAAAAAAUGAUUAUACUUUUAAUGCUGCUGUCUGUGAAUUAGCUGGUCAUAUUAUUGUUAAAGAGGAAGAUGGAUUUGAGACUACAAAUGAGGAAUAUAUUGCUGCAGUUUUAAAGGAAGCUUGUCAUGACAUAUUUUUUGGAAUCAGGGACAGAGUAAAAGCUCUUUAUUUGUGACCAAAGCUGUAGUAGAUAUUUUAAAUUAACUUCACUUCAACUCUCACUAUUUCUGCCAACUGAUGCCCCAAACACGAUAUUUCCUCUACCAUUUGUCGUUAUGUUACACAAUUGUCAUAUUUCUGACUGUAAUUCCAAUACUGUGAUACUAUUUUUAAACAAACUAUUUUUAUUUCUGCUUGUUUCAAAAAAUACCAAAGCAAAAAUUUACUAGUUGAUCUAUUAUAGUUUCAAAACAUGUUCAUGUUGAGCCUUGUAUAAUUAAAUUGUACUUAAUUCAUCAA